CCACCCCCUUCUAAAAGUGGGGUGCAGCCCCCCCCCACCUCCUCCCAGGGCCCUGCCCCGGGGGGGCGGGCGGCACCCGCACCUUGGGAUGGAUUAAUUACCGGAUGGCGAGCGAGCGGCUGCGCGGUGCUCAGGACCUGCUGGAUCUCACCUUCCAGUCUCUGGCCAUGCAGCACAUGGAUCUGAAGCAAGUGGAGCUGGACACAGCGGUGGCCAAGGUGGACGAGCUCUCCCGGCAGCUCGAGUCCCUCUGGACUGAUGGUCCUGGCCCCCCCAAGGAGCCGUACAGCCCCAGCCGGACCCGAUCGCCCCUCGGCCGGAGGAGCCUGGCACCCGAAACCACCGAGAUGACGGGGGACCCCCUGGGGCGCCCCGGCUCCCCCCGCGCCCCCCCUUACCACCCGGUGGAGGAUCGGGCCCCUUCGCCCCGCCCCAAGGUGCUGGCGGUGCCCUAUGAGGGCUUGACGCUGCCCAGCCCAGGGGGGCGAGCCCCUUCCCCGCGCCCCCAUCGCCCCUAUGAAUUUUUGGGGUUGGGGGGGUCCCCCCGAGCGGCGAGGGGUCCGUUUUUUUUUCCCGAGCGGGCGCCCUCACCCCGACCCCCCGCACCCCCCCCCUAUGAGGCGCAUGGGCUGUACCCCUCCAUCAGCACCCCCGCUGUCACCUUCCGGGCACAGGAUGAUCUCCUGAUCAAGCGGCGGCCGCAGAAGAGCUGGAAUGAGUCCGAUCUGGAUGUGGCUUAUGAGAAAAAAACCCCCGGCUCAGGGGGCUACGACCGCAGCGGAGAGGGGCUGCGGGCGUCCCUGGGGCUGGCGCUGGCACCCUGGAGAGAGUCGAGCCUGGACGGUGCCAGCGGGCAGGGCAAGGAUGGUGGCUACGGGGGGCACAGUGCCACGCUGCCCCGAAACUACAAGGUGUCCCCAUUAGCGGGCGAGCGGCGAGUGGAGGGUCCCUUUCGGCGCUCGGGGGGGCCGGGGACCCUCCCCCGCAGCUGGCACUUCUCCCAGCAGCCCGUCUCCCGCAUCCCCGUGCCCCCCCCGCAAGGUGGGCGACCCCCCCGCCACAAACCUCUGCCCCUCUCCAUGAUCUUCAAGCUGCAAAAUGCUUUUUGGGAGCAGGGGGGCGGCGCUCCCCGGGGGCUUUCGUUGCUCCCCCCCGCUGGCCCCCGUGCACCCCAAAAGCAGCCUCAGCUCCCGGCGCUGCCCCAGGCCCCCCCGGUGCUGCCUGGGGGUGAAGUAUCCGGGCGCCCUGCGCCCCCUGAAACCAUCCCGCCCGAGGGGGAGCCAGAGCUGGAGCGACUGCUACAGGGCGGCGAGGCCGAAGGGCUGGAGCGGCCUCUCAGCCCCACGCGGCUGCAGCCCCUGUUGCCCCCCGAGGCCCAACGGGUACCUGAAUUCGAGGAGGUGGCCCGGGUGCUGGCCGAGAUGCCACGACCCCUCAAACGCCGCGGCUCCAUGGAGCAGAGCCCUGGCCCAGCGCUGCCGCCCACCCGCACCCGCCAGUACCAGCAGCUCAUCACCCGCCUGCUGCACCGGCCACCCCGCCGUGAUGAGCCCCCGGCCCCUGGUGACGCUGGCGCCUCGCCCGACCUGCCACCCCCCGCUCCGGUGGCCCCUGAGACCCGGCCACCCCGUCACAGCCCCCCGCCACCGUCUCCCAGCAGCCCCGCACCAAUCCCGGAGCUGCGCUCGGCCCUGCGCGACCCCUCCUCGCCCCGCAGGCGCCCCGGGGCCCGCGUGCGCCUCAACCCCCUCGUGCUGCUGCUGGAUGCGGCCCUGACCGGGGAGCUGGACGUGGUGCAGCAGGCGGUGGCUGAGCUGAACGACCCCAGCCAGCCCAACGACGAGGGCAUCACGGCGCUGCACAAUGCCAUCUGUGGCGCCAACUACGGCAUCGUCGACUUCCUCAUCGCCAGCGGGGCCAACGUCAACUCCCCCGACAGCCACGGCUGGACGCCGCUGCACUGCGCAGCCUCGUGCAACGACACGGGCGUGUGCGUGGCCCUGGUGCGACACGGCGCCGCCAUCUUCGCCACCACCACCAGCGACGGCAGCCUGGCCGUGGAGAAGUGCGACCCGUACCGGGAGGGCUACGCCGACUGCUAUAACUACCUCACCGAGGUGGAGCAGAGCAUGGGGGUGCUGAACAGCGGGGUGGUGUACGCGCUGUGGGACUACAGCGCCGAGUUUGGGGAUGAGCUGUCCUUCCGCGAGGGUGAGCCCGUCACCGUCCUGCGCCGCCAGCCCCAGGACGAGCUCGACUGGUGGUGGGGGUCCCUCUACGGCCAUGAGGGAUAUGUCCCCCGGAACUACUUUGGGCUCUUCCCCAGGGUGCGGCCGCAGCGGAAGAAGGUCUGAGAGGGGGGGGCCCUGAGCCGGCCCUGCCCCCCCCCAGCUGCUCGGAUGCUUGGGUCCCCCUUUCGCUGGGCACCUCCUUGGCUGCCCCCAAAUCCCAUCCCCCCCAUCCGAGCAAGGCACCAGGGUGCCCCCCUCCCCCCCCGUGGUGUGAUGUAUCCCCCCCCACCCUGGCUGGUGACAGCAGGUGUCACCCCACGGUGUUGGCUUCUCUGGGGAGUAAAGAACCUUCGGCUGCG